AUCUAUCCCUGACUUUGCUCGUCGAAGAACUAGUUGCACGCUCGCUUUCUUGCUCCCGCGCCAUUCACGCGUCGGUUCCAAUAUCUGUCGAAAAGAGACAGCGACAAUGGCAUCCACGAAGACUCCCAAGGAUGAUGCUGAGGCAAAGCCCGCUUGCCUUCCUCGCGCAUGCGCAAUCCAAGAUUGCCUCACGCGCAAUAAUUACAACGACGCCAAGUGCCAGACUGCCAUAAGGGCACUUUACGAGUGUUGCGAGGUCUUCUACGAACGCAACGGGGACGAGGGAACUACUCCAUGCUGUCCAAAGCCUAACUUGCUGCGGCUGAAGAUGCAACAGCUGAGGGAGGGGAAUUGAUCUGUAACGCUCAUCGUUAUUACGUCCGCCGGUAUGGAUAACUCAGGCAACUGAAUUGAGGAGCGCCGAAGCUUUUCUAGGCGAUCAUUGAGCACGCAAGAGACCCUCAAGGGAUCUGAACAAGCAUUGAGGUGUCCUGUUCCGAGACUCUAAUAUGAAUGCCGAUGACAUUAAUAAUGAGAGAAGAAGAAAAGAGAAAAAUUGAAGCUGAGUGGG